UUCUCCAUCAUUGCCAUCCACUCCGGCACCCAAUUCCAAAACGCCCCUAUCAAGAAGGUCCCAGAACACCUCCACGUCUUCUCAGUUGGUGGCAAUGACGGUUCCGACCUUUCCUUGACCUUGAAGCAAGAUGGAACUUUGGUCGACCAAGACGGAAGAGGCAUCUACGUUGACCCAAACACCGGUGAAUUCGGUAACGUUGACCCAUGGGGCCAAGAAAAGCCAUCCUCCGGUUUCGCCAUCACUGACGGUCACUUGACUUACCAAGGCAAGGACAACUGGAAGGCCUGUCCAUCUGGCGACAACAAGUUCUCCUUGGCCAACAACGACUGUACUGGCGGUACUGGCAUUGCUUUGUCCGUUGUCAACCAAUCUUAA